AUGACGCCGAGGAGUAUGGGCGGAAACAGCAUCAGCAUGUCCGGCUCCCAGACCAGCGGCCCCAGUGCCAGCUCUACAGUCAGCAGCCUCGGCUCACAAAGUUCUGUUCCCAUGCACCAUCUAGACACCAGCCGGAGCACUGUCGGAACCAGCUCCUCCACCAUGGACGUGGACUCGUACCCCAUGAAGAAAAAGGCAGACGAAGGCAGGAGUAGAACCCAACCGCCACCCAGCCCCGGCCACGGCCCCAGGUCCAGUUCCCUCCACUCCGCUACCACGAGCGACACCGGCUCCGAACCGCUGGAUUUCGCCCGCCGCGGCGUGAAAAGAUCGCUCUCCAACGCCUCCAGCGACAACAAGCCGUCCACUUCUGGCCUCAACAGGUCAGGCACGGCGGGGCCCAGCACUAUCAGUGGCGCCAGUGGCGGACCCAGCCCUUCCGAAGCCAAAGCAAGCCCCAACAGAGACCCGGCCUACUUAGAAAAACGACGCAAAAACAACGAGAGUUGUAGACGGUCGCGCGAGGCGCGGCGCAGCGAUAAAGAAGUGUUGGCCCUUACUGUGGCUUCUCUUGAAGAAGAGAACGUGGAGCUGGUUACUCAGCGCUCUCUUCUGAAGACAGAGAUUGGCGUGCUCAAACCGCGCGUCUUUCCCCCCGACCAGGACGGUGCAACUGACUGA